AUGUCGGCCAGUGGUGUUGUUACCAGAAAUUCGAAUUCUAACUCACGCAAGUCAACAAACAGUCCAAUCUCUAAAAAAACAUCUCAGACUCCAAAUAACAAUAAUCAAAAACAAGAGAAAUCGGAAAAAGCGUCGGAGAGACCGUCAGAGGAAAUGAUCUCAAUUCAGACUCAACUUACUGAAAUAAGAAACGAUUUGAAAAAAUCAGUUAAAGUUGAUGACAUCAGGGAUAUCAUCAAAAACGUCGUAGAUCUAGAGGAGUUACUCUCCAAUCAUUUAAAGAAUUUUGAAAAGAAAAUGAACGAUCAAAUUGUGCAACUAAAACAAGACAAUCAAAAGCUAACUCACGAUAUUGAAAAAUUAAAAAAAGAAAAUUCGGAGCUUAAGAGGGAGCUAAAUGAAAGCAAUGAUGCUCUAAACGAUGUGCACAAUAGAGUGGAGGAAGUAGAGAAGUUAUCUAAAAGCGCUGCCGCAAAAGCAAAUUUUAAUGAACAGUAUUCCAGAAAAACAAAUAUUAAGUUUCAUGGGUUUCCCGAGGCAAAAGACGAAAACUUAUUAGAAAAGAUUAAUGAGGCCUUAGGGGAAGUGGGCGUGGCUAUAUCCGAAACUGGUGUGAUAGCGAUGCACCGAAUUCCAUCCGGACAAAAGGACCAGCCCCAACCAAUAAUUGUCAAAUUGCGCAGCACUGAUGCUAAAGCGACUAUAAUGAGAAAGAGAUCAGAAAUUAAAGAGUUGAAACAGGGGUGGAGAGUCGCAGACGACGUGACACGGGACAACGCUAUGUUGAUAUCCAGACUCAGUGACGACCAUAGAAUCGACUCCGCCUGGUAUUUCAACGGUGCAGUAUAUGGACAAUAA